AUUGCAGCCCUUGCAGGGCUUCACUUCUGGUGUCCGAUGUCAGAACUUGUUGAGUGGCCACCAUUAGUUUGAGCUUAGAGGGACUGCAGUUGUUCGUUUCCCUUGGAAGAGUCCACAUCGCGAAUGUUCUUCUUCCGUCGCCAGAAUGCUAAGCCCGCGCCUCGCCCCUCGCGCGCCCCAUCAUUUGCGCUGCCUAAGCGCCGUCCUCCUGUCCAGCUGACGCCCUCGCAUCAGCACGACCAGCUGCCCUUCCUGCGAAGAUCCCGCUUCAGCGCCCUGCCCCACUUCAGGGCCUACGAGGAUGAGCCGGAGAACCUGUCGCUGUUCAUCGCCAUCCUGUACGUGGUGGAUUUGUUCGGCAUCUUCCCGUUUGUCACGCUGCCCGCUCUGCUGGUGAAGAUGGGUUACUUCGGAAUACUGCUGGUGCUGUCCAUCAUCUUCCUGCAGAUCUACACCUCCUUCCUGCUGUCCCAGUGCUGGACCAUGGCCGAGCUGCUCGAUCCCUCCAUUCAGCAGAAGCGCAACUACCCGUAUGCCGCGCUGGCGGAGCUGGCCUAUGGUCCCUACAUGAGUCUGUUGGUAUCCGUGCUCCUCGACCUGAGCAUCUUCGCCAUGGCGGUGCCCAGCGUGGUGAUGGCCGCCCAGAACCUGGAGGGCGUCGUGCUGCGCAUGAGCGCUGGGCAAUACAAUUUCUCCUACUGCUACUGGGCCAUCAUAGUCGGCCUGGUCAUCUGCCCGCUCAUGUGGCUGGGCAGUCCCAAGCACAUGCGGAGUCUGGCCAUCACCGCUGUUUGCGUGAUGAUCGUUAUAGUGGCGCUGCUGUGGUUUUGCCUUUUCGCAGCUCCCGCGAUUGGCACUCCAUUCGAAGGAAUCUCCAUGGAACUGCCUGGCUUCCUUACCAUGCUAAACAGCUACAGCAUAUUGGCCUUCCAGUUUGACAUUCAUCCUGUGCUGCUGACACUGCAGAUCGACAUGAAGCACAAGUCCCAGGUGUCCUGGGCUGCCCUUAUCGGAAUAGCCAUUACCUGCAGCGUAGCCAUCUUUGGUUCCAUUAUCGCCGCCUACAAAUUCGGAUCCAUGAUAGCGGAUAACCUGCUGCAGUCCCUGCCCACCAGUGUGCCCUUCUACAUUAUGCUGAUCCUGAUGUCCCUCCAGCUUUGCUUCUCCGUCACGGUGGCCAGUUCUGCCAUGUUCCUGCAGAUCGAGAACUACUUCAAGUUGCCGGAGUCCCUCUCCAUCAAACGCAUGCUCAUCCGCUCCUCAGUGCUGGCCCUGGAGGUGCUUGUGGCGGAGUUUGUGCCCAGUUUCGAUGCCCUAAUGGAUGUGGUGGGUGGCACCAUAACCGGACCGCUGGUCUUCAUCCUCCCGCCGCUCCUCUACCGUCGCAUCCGGCGGAUGGAGCGUGUGCACCAGCGGAUUGCGGCGGAGGCCAGCUAUGGCAGCCUGCCCUUGGACCUGAACUACGAUCCCGUGGACCUGGAGAUGGAGCCCCUGCUGGUGACCAGUCCUCCGAUCUCCCCUCGCGGCUGCUGGCUGAGAGUGGUGCGAUUCCUGCACCGCCUCGAGUGCGACGUGUCCUGCACCAUGGCCGUGCUCAUCUUCGGCCUGCUGGCCACCUUCCUGUCCACCUACCUGAACAUCUUCAGCCUGGCCGACCUGUUCACCAAUAACUCGCCCUGCAUGAGCAAUCUGACCAAGCACUUCUGACGAUCAUCGCGGUCUUUCGCCUCAAUAAAACAUACGUAAAUAUUAAAAACUCUGCCAAGUUUGAUUGCCGUCCUUCGGCGGGUUCAAAAACCCAAGCUGCGCGGCUGGCUCCAUCUUCAUCUUUAAUGCAGUGCUAAAGGUGUUUUGUAUAACACAAA